UUCAAACUUCCCCCAAUCUCCCAAAAAAAAAAAAAUAGAACACACAACAAUGGCCGCCAACACACUAAUGAGCUGUGGCAUAGCCACCACAUUUCCUUCACUUCUUUCCUCAUCAAAGUCCAAGUUCAGUGGCGCCGCCGUAUCGUUGCCUAGUGCUGUUGGUACCAAUCAUGGCCACCGUGUUAGCAUGUCAGCUGACUGGAUGCCUGGUCAACCUAGACCACCUUACCUUGAUGGGUCAGCACCAGGUGACUUUGGGUUUGACCCACUAAGACUAGGUGAGGUCCCUGAGAACCUUGAGAGGUACAAAGAAUCUGAGUUGAUUCACUGCAGAUGGGCUAUGCUUGCUGUUCCAGGUAUAUUGGUACCAGAGGGCUUAGGGUUAGGAAACUGGGUAAAAGCUCAAGAAUGGGCAGCAAUUCCAGGUGGCCAAGCCACUUACUUAGGGAACCCAGUCCCAUGGGGUACCCUCCCCACCAUCUUGGUCAUUGAAUUCCUAUCUAUCGCCUUCGUUGAGCACCAACGAAGCAUGGAGAAGGACACCGAGAAGAAGAAGUACCCCGGCGGCGCUUUCGACCCCUUGGGAUUCUCCAAGGACCCCAAAAAGUUCGAAGAAUACAAGGUCAAAGAGAUCAAGAACGGUCGUCUAGCAUUGUUGGCAUUUGUGGGAUUCUGUGUUCAACAAUCAGCUUACCCAGGCACUGGACCAUUGGAGAAUUUGGCUACACAUUUGGCUGAUCCAUGGCACAACAACAUUGGAGAUGUUAUCAUUCCUAGAUCACUUUACCCUUAGAUUAUGAUAGAUUGAUAGAAUAUUUUAAAAGUAAUGUCCGUUCUUCCAUUGCGUAAAACAUAUGUAAUGAAUUCUAAUUUGAUGGCUUUGUUAUGUGUAAUUAUAAUUUUUAUAUGAUCUGAAUGUCUUAAAUUUUGCAAA